AUGGCAGCUCUUCGUGACAUUUUGGUCGCAUUUCUGUUCGCCUUGGAAGGUUUUUCGAUCUUGUCAGCUCUCUGCCCUCCGGGCUGGAAGAACUGGAAUCAGUCAUGCUACGCGAUGUACUUGGAGCGUAUGAGCUGGGCAGAUGCUUCAGAGUUCUGCGAGAGCAAACAAAGCCAUCUUGUCGUGCCGAAUUCACAGGCUGAGAAUGAUUUCUUCUGGCGGAUGGUGGUGGAACGAUUCGAGACCGUGGCCGAGGUCGAAAUCGGGGUUUGGAUUGGCUGCAAACGCGAGUCUGUAAACUCAAGCUUCGUGUGCGCUGGAAAUACCGAGGAACUGAUCUACACCAACUGGGCAAUGGGAAAUCCCAAACAAAAAGCUCGUCAGUGUGUUGUGUUGCGGAAGGAUAGCAACGGCACAUGGAAAACUGCCAAUUGCUGCCCGAAAAGAGUGAGGUACGUCGUAUGCGAGGAGCCUAGUACCCCUCGCUUGCACUGCAUGACGGCCAAUGCAAACGGGCGUUUCGUCAACGACCUACCGUAA